AUGAGGUCGUUCCUCCCACUGCUCUCGCUGGGCGCUGUUGCUCAAGCGCUCCACUUCUUCAUCGACGGCACCAGCCCCAAGUGCUUCUACGAGGAAUUGCCCAAGGACACUCUGGUGGUCGGCCACUACACGGCAGAGGAAUGGGACGAUCAGAGGCAUUCGUGGCAGAAGCACGACGGCAUCAACAUUUUCAUUUCUGUAGAUGAACUCUUCGACAACGACCACCGCGUCGUCUCCCAGCGUGGCGGCCCCGGUGGCAAGUUCACCUUCACCGCCGCCGAGGCCGGCGACCACCGCAUCUGCUUCACCCCCACGUCGACCUCGGGCCGGUCGAGCUGGAUGUCGGUCAGCAACCCGAACGGCGGCAUCAAGUUGACGCUGGACAUGGCUAUUGGCGAGUCCAGCGCGAUCGAGAGCGCCGACAAGGGCAAGCUCCAGGACCUGGCCACGCGCGCCAAGGACCUGAACAACCGCCUGCAGGAUAUCAGGAGGGAGCAGGUUUUCCAGAGAGAACGUGAAGCCGAAUUCCGUGAUCAGUCCGAGUCCACCAACGCCCGCAUCGUCCGCUGGGUCUUGUUGCAGCUCGUCGUCCUCGGCGCUACCUGCGCCUGGCAACUUUCGCACCUCCGCAGCUUCUUCAUCAAGCAGAAGCUUACGUAA